AGGGCAUCCAGCUGGCAGAUCAAAUAAUUUCGUCAUAAGCAACGAAAGGCGCCUUUAUUAAUCUUUUUUUCAAACACUCCCUGAAAUCGGAUGCCAGACUGUCUUUCUCGGUUAUUUCUCUGUCUUUAUCUGCUUAGCACUUUGACUCUGGUACUUCGUGCUCAACAGCAGGUCGUCCUUGAGAGCACCAAUCCAGAUAUUGUGUACAUCCCCCAAUUAUGCAACGCUUCAGCCGCCGAGACGGGAUGCCUGAGUGCAUGGCAAACAUACAUCGAUAUUCCUAACAUUAAUGGAACGGCAGCAGUUGCUACUGGUACAAUGGGCCCAAUACCGCAAACUGGGAACACCCCACCCCAGAUGUUUUUGACCUUUCGAGCAUCAGCGCUGUAUCUACGCACCUCUCCUUUCUCCAACGCGACCGUCAAUGUUUCGCUGACUGCUGACCCAAACGGCGUUAGCAUUACCCGUCAGGUCAAUACUAGCGUCGGCCUUAUCAUCGCCGAAAACCUCCCUGAGACGCAGACGACCACAUUAGGUGUCACAUUUCUGCAGGGGCCGUCUCCCACUCGCUUUGAUGUCGAGUCAAUUACUCUCAAUGUCACAAAUAGCAGUGCGGCGAGUUCCUCUUAUCUCCCAACACUAUCAUUACCCACGUCAAGUUUCCCUCCGAGUUUAUCGCCCUCCUCGACGAGCACAGCGAAAUCGAAUGCAAGCCAGCGCACAGGCACCAUUAUUGGUGGGACUUUGGGCGGGGUGCUUGGCUUCUUGGCUAUAUUAAUUGCAGGGACUCUUGUAUAUUGGAGGUGGCGUCGACGACGAAUAAGGCGGUCGGAGACAGGUGCAGGAUAUGCGAUGACACAAGUUCAACGGUUGACCAGGCGCUGAUAGUAUCAACCUCUAUAUCUUGAGACUUUAGAUACUCGGACUUUAUUCAACACCCUGUAAUUUAUUGCAUAAUAGUGAAUCACAGAACGUGAAAUGAGC